UAUAUUGUUCAGUCAUAUUCAAACAAACAGUUGACGUAGACGCAAAAUGGAUUCAAGUGGCAUAGUCCCGGAUAUUAUUGACAAUAAGCCUAAAGGAUUACUACAGGUUACUUAUCCAAGUGGUGUUGAAGUAGAACUUGGUAAAGAACUGACCCCCACUCAGGUAAAGGAUCAACCUACAGUCAGAUGGGAGGCGGAAGAUAAUGCUUUGUAUACUUUGUUUAUGGUAGACCCCGAUGCACCAUCACGUGCCGAACCAAUUUAUCGGGAAAUUUUACACUGGUUGGUUAUUAAUAUUCCAGGCAAUAAAGUAGCGGAAGGUCAAACUGUUGCGGAAUACAGGGGGUCUGGUCCACCAGAGGGCAGUGGCUUACACCGUUAUGUUUUCUUAGUCUUCAAACAGUCGGGCAAGAUCGAAAGUACAAAAUUCAUACCUAAAACGUCUCGUGAAGGUCGUAUAAAGGUGACGACAAGAGAUUCCAUUGCAAAACAUAAUUUGGGUGAUCCGAUCGCUGGAAACCUUUAUCAGGCGCAAUACGAUGAUUAUGUGCUGGUAUUAAGAGCACAAACUGUUAACUAAUUGUAGAAACAUAUAAUAUAACAGAUUUAUUUUGUUUUAUUUAUAUAUGUACAUACGCAUGUUUUAACAAAUAUAUCAAA